CUCUUUUUACUGCUUUCAGGAAGCGGUUUACCAGACUCUGUACAAACACAAAUGCUCUGUUUACAGUCUCUUCAUUCCUUUCUUCUUCACCCCUUCAACUUCAUACCCCCUUAGUACUACUACUACCACCUUUUCUUUUCCCUUAACUUGCUUCCUAAAUUUAGCACUUCACAAUCAUAACCCAUUUUUUCACACUUCCCUCUCCUCCUGUUAUCUUCCUCAACUUGAUUUUUCCAUUGUUUUGUUUCUAUUUUUUGUCAUAUCUUUCAUCAAACUGUUGAAUAGAAAAAACCAAAACAAAAAAACAAGUUCUUUUAAGUUAGAGCUUGCAACUCUGCAUCAAAAUCUUAUGAUUUUGGUUUCUAGUUUUUGCUGAGUCUGGAUUUUUUUUUUUUGAUUUUUAUCAGCUGAAUGUGUAAUGGGUGUUACCAUUUUCCUUCAAAGUUAGAUCAAGUUGCUUCCUUUAUUUUGCUUCUUUUUUCCACUAUAGCUUACUCUCUUUGGAUCAAGCUCGCUCUUUUCCAUCCCUUGAGUUCACAGUGGUUACAGUUCCACUCUUUUUCUUUGACCCUUUUAGCUCAAAAUCCUUGUCGGUUAUUUAUUUCUAAGCAAUGAUGACUCUUGAACGAAAACCUCAUUGGAAGUUGCUUCACUUUCUUCUCUUUCUGCUUCUUCACCUUCAUUGCAGCAGGACCAGUUCUUCUUACCCGAUGAAUCCCAUGAACUGUACUGACACAAGCCGUGUUUGCACUUCAUUCAUGGCCUAUAAGCCUAAACCAAACCAGACAUUGGCGGUGAUAGAGAGCAUGUUUGAUGUGUUGCCCGGUGACAUCACCGUUGAAGGCAAUGACUGGGAUUACAUAUUCAUAAGGAAAAACUGUUCUUGUGCUGCUGGUAUUGAUAAGUACUUGUCUAGCACCACCUUCACUGUGAAAUCCAAUAAAGGGUUGGUGUAUGAUAUGGUGAUGGAUGCUUAUGAUGGGCUUGCUUUCCUUCCCAACACCACCAGGAGAGCAAGGAAUGGUGCUGUUGUAUCACUGAGGUUGUUUUGUGGCUGCUCCAGUGGACUGUGGAACUAUCUGCUGAGUUAUGUCAUGAGAGAUGGGGAUAGUGUUGAAUCAUUGGCAAGUAGGUUCGGGGUUAGUAUGGAUAGCAUUGAGACAGUAAAUGGCAUCGAUGAUCCUGAUAAUGUCACUGUUGGUUCACUUUAUUAUAUACCUCUGAAUUCGGUUCCUGGUGAUCCUUAUCCCCUGAACAAUGCUACUCCUCCAGCUCCUGUUCCUGCCCCAUCUGUUGAUAAUUCUUCAGGUGAUCAAGUCAAUCAUAAUGCUCAUGUACCCUAUGGUUGGAUCAUUGGGGGUUUAGGAGCUGGUCUUGUUCUGAUAAUAUUAAGCGUAAUUCUCUAUGUUUGCCUGAGAUCAUCAAAUUGUUUUGCUGAUGCCAGAAGUCAUGAAAAAGAUGAUGAGGGAAAGAUCUCUCAUAAAUUCCAUAUUCUUCGGAACCCAAGUUUUUUUUGUGGUUCUGGAAGGUACAUAUGUGGCAAACAUGUUGAACAGAAGCAAACAGAUGGUGAAUCCAGCAAUCACACGGUUACGGUUCCCAAAGUUUCAACUCUGGGGCCUGAUGUAUUCGACAUGGAGAAGCCUGUAGUUUUUACAUAUGAAGAGAUUUUUUCCUCAACUGAUGGUUUCUCUGAUCCAAAUCUACUCGGGCAUGGAACAUAUGGUUCUGUUUACUAUAGCCUCCUCCGGGAUCAGGAAGUUGCUAUUAAAAGAAUGACAGCUACAAAAACAAGAGAGUUUAUGUCAGAGAUGAAAGUUCUGUGCAAGGUUCAUCAUGCUAAUCUGGUAGAGUUGAUUGGCUAUGCAGCUAGUCAUGAUGAGCUUUUCCUUGUUUAUGAAUAUGCUCAGAAGGGUUCACUCAGAAGCCAUUUACAUGAUCCUCAAAAUAAGGGUCAUUCCUCGCUUUCUUGGAUCAUGAGGGUCCAGAUUGCGCUUGAUGCUGCUCGUGGCCUUGAAUACAUACAUGAGCACACAAAAGCUCAUUAUGUUCACCGAGAUAUCAAAACAAGCAACAUUUUACUUGAUGCUUCCUUUAGAGCAAAGAUUUCAGAUUUUGGGUUAGCAAAACUUGUUGGGAAAACAAAUGAGGGAGAAAUUUCAACUACUAAAGUUGUUGGUACAUAUGGAUAUCUUGCUCCAGAAUACUUGAGUGAUGGCCUUGCAACAACCAAAAGUGAUGUCUAUGCAUUUGGUGUUGUCCUUUUUGAGAUUAUUUCUGGAAAGGAGGCCAUUAUUCUAACAGAAGGCGCAAUGACAAAAAAUCCUGAUAGACGUUCACUGGCAUCCAUAAUGUUGGCAGUUCUCAGGAACUCACCUGAUUCCAUGAGCAUGUCAAGCAUGAUAGAUUAUAUUGAUCCAAAUAUGAUGAAUCUGUAUCCCCAUGAUUGUGUAUUUAAGAUGGCCAUGCUGGCAAAGCAAUGUGUGGAUGAUGAUCCCAUCUUGAGACCUGACAUGAAACAAGUUGUGAUUUCCCUCUCACAGAUUCUCUUGUCUACUGUUGAGUGGGAAGCAACUCUAGCUGGGAAUAGCCAGGUAUUCAGUGGCCUUGUUCAGGGAAGAUAGUUACACACCAACAUCUCUUUCAUCACUCACUACUUCAACAGGAUUCUUUUUUCUGUAUCCUGCUUUAUACCCCUUUUUUUUUUGUUAUGGUUGAUGAUGAUGUAUCCAUAGUAGCUAAUAACUUGUUAUGGACCUGGUGGGUCAAUAUCUAUUUUUGGCGAUAUACUAUAUGUUGAUUUUGUUUAGCUGCAAUCCAUUAUGUAGAAAAUUUUGGAUGUAAUUUAGAGUAUGUGAAGACAGAGCUAUGGGAAGAUUUU